AUGGAAGAAUUGGAAGAAAGAUUGGACGAAGUUUUCGAAGAUAUCUGUGAAGAUACAAUCAACAACAUUAUCGAGGCCCAAACCAAAAAGCAAAAGAAACGAGCAUAUAUUGAACGAAACCGUGAAGCAGGACACAUCCGGUUAUGGAAUGACUACUUCUCCGAAAAUCCCACAUAUGAGGAACAUAUCUUCAGACGCCGUUUCCGCAUGAACAAGGAAUUAUUCAUGAGUAUUGUCUAUGCCCUCUCACAGAACGUUCCAUUCUUUCAACAUAGACCAGAUGCUACCGGGAGGCUUGGUCUUUCGCCACUACAAAAAUGUACCGCAGCAAUUCGUAUGCUUUCUUAUGGUUCUGCAGCCGACGCGGUUGACGAAUAUCUCCGACUUGGUGAAAGCACGGCACUUUCGUGUUUACAUCAUUUCACUGAUGGAAUAGUACAGUUAUUUGGAGAGCAGUAUCUACGAAGACCCACACCAGAGGAUCUUCAACGACUCCUCGAUAUUGGAGAGAAACGCGGGUUUCCUGGGAUGAUUGGGAGCAUUGACUGUAUGCAUUGGGAGUGGAAAAAUUGCCCAACGACUUGGAAAGGACAGUACGCCCGUGGAUCAAACAAACCGACAAUUGUCUUAGAGGUUGUAGCUUCACAAGAUCUUUGGAUAUGGCACAUUUUUUUGGUCCUCCAGGUACCUUAA